AUCUCUUAGAGCUCUCAUUUCCUCAUCAAUGGCGUCGCCCUCUUCCUCUUUCCCUCUCCUUCUCGCUUUCUUCGCCGUCGUUUCUCUCUCCGAAGCCACAUUUCCGGGCAGAGGCCUCACUCUGACCCUCGUCAACAACUGCCCGUACCCCAUCUGGCCCGCCAUCCAACCCAACGCCGGCCACCUAGUCCCGGAACGCGGUGGCUUCUUCCUCCCGUCCCUCUCCCACCGCUCCUUCCCUGCCCCCUACCACCACUGGUCCGGCCGUAUCUGGGCUCGAACCGGCUGCGUCGGUGACCACCACCAUUUAACCUGCCUGACCGGCGACUGCGGCGGGAAGCUGGAAUGCAACGGCGCCGGCGGCAAAACCCCAGCGACCCUAGCCCAGUUCAGCCUCCACCACGGCCACAAGGACUUCUCCUCCUACGGCGUCAGCCUAGUCGACGGCUUCAACAUCCCACUAACCAUAACCCCACACGAAGGCCACGGUGUCUGCCCGGUGGUCGGCUGCCAAGCCAACCUCCUCAAGACCUGCCCAAGCGAGCUACAACUCCACGCGCCGCACCGCUACGGCCAAGUGAUAGCCUGCAAGAGCGGGUGUGAGGCCUUCAACAAAGACCAGCUCUGCUGCAGAGGGCAUUACAACAGUCCACAUACUUGCAAACCGUCGUCGUUUUCACUGUUUUUCAAGCACGCUUGUCCUUCCGCUUUCACGUACGCUCAUGACACUCCGUCGCUGAUGCAUGAGUGCGCCGCGCCACGUGAGCUUAAGGUUAUCUUCUGCCAUUGAUUCAACCUUGCUUACAUGGAGCUGCCACGUGAGCAUUCUCCUGCCACUUAACAUUGUCGACGUGUCGUUGUUUUGUGUUAACAAUAAGCUUUUGGGUAUGAUUGUUGUAUGUUUAUGGUUUGUUUAAACUCUGUGUAAGCUUUUGCUUUUUAAAAAGUAGUUCUGUUCAUGCAUAUGGGUAUAUGCCUCCAGAUUCUAAUAUAUAUUUUAAAAGUAAGUUUGUUCACGUUA